AUGAAUGCUGCAGACGAUCUUGAAGGUAACUUUGUUCCAAAUACUGUGUACUUUUCAUGGUGUAAAAAAUACACUAUUCCAUUCAAUGUUUAUAUCAGUAUUCUUACAAUUUGGAGAACAUUAAAACCUGACAUCAUAGUUCUCACGACCAUUUAUGAUGAUAUCGAAUCUGUUACCAAUACCAAUGAAAAGCCUGACCCUUCCCUUCGCCAGGAAAAUUAUAACGAUUAUAAUAUGUGGCUUGGACUUCUCAAAAAUACUAUACCAGGAUUUUAUGUGUUAACUGUAGAUAGAACUUCUGACCGUGAAGACGAGUGUGCUCUAGGGUACAUUUUUCAAGAACUUCAAGAUAAAGGUGGUAUUUAUUUCUUCAAUAAUGUUUUCCCUACAUGUUCACUGCGGUCAUUUAGGAAACGACGAUUUUCAUUGGCAUUUGAUAAAAUGAAGAAACUUAGUUUCAUAUUCACAGAAAGAAAAAGCACUAGAUUCACUAGGUUUAAGAGCCGAUAUUUACUAGAACAUAGUAAUUAUUUUGUCAACAAUAGCACAAAGUGUGAAAAUGUAAACACAUACACCGGUGGAAAUUCCAUAUGUGUAAUCGUACCAAAGUUAAAUCCACUAGACGUAAUUAAUUCAAUAUCACCAUUUGCUCUUUUAGCAAAACGAAUAUUGUACGAACAUUCUGACAUUAAUGCACAGACUAAUUCUGAAAGUGUAACACCAAAGAUUGUCCACAUGAUAUGGUAUGGAACAAGUAAUCUACUAUUUCAAAACUACUUAAGUCUUAGAAGUGUUCUAACUAUUCUUAAUCCUGACAAACUAUACAUACAUGGUGAUGUCAUCCUUACUGGGUAUUAUAUGCAAAAUAUAUCAAAAGAUCCACGUGUUAUUUUUGUGUACAGGCAUAAGCCGCAGUAUGUUUAUGGAAAUAAAAUUAAAUUCGUGGCUGCAGCUAGUGACGUCUCAAGAUGUGAAAUUUUAUUACGAUAUGGUGGAAUCUACACCGAUUGGGAUGUUAUGUGGGUGAAAUCUGUUGAUGAUUUAAUUAUGAAAGGUUACAGUGCCGUUGUCACUUUCGAUGUUCAACCUUGGACGUACUAUCCUGACACAAUUCAAACUGGAGUUAUAAUUGCAAAAUCCCAAAGCGACUUAAUAAAACAUUGGCAAGAAAAUUUCAAAAAAUUUCAGACUAACAGUUGGUGGUUUAAUGCUAUGUACUCACUUUAUAAAGUCUAUGAACAAUUACCCGAUUCUGUUCAUAUCGAACCUCGACUACAGUUCUUUGUCAAUCAAAAAAUCGAACCUGCCAUCCGACGUUCAAAGAGAAUUUCAAAACCCAAGAAAAGAAAUUUGAUUGGAUUUAUGAUGGAGUUUACAGUGUACAUGUUCCUUGGCCUGAACCAUUUCCAGGAUACGAGAGUCACACGAGUGUAAUGCAAGGUAGCGGAAUGUUUGCCGAAAUAGGACGUUACAUACUUCACCAAAAGUACAAAUACGAUCAUGAAAGUAAAGUUAGAAUAUAACAAAAACGAAACUUUGUAAA